AUGGCUACGACGGACGUUUCUCAGCCAACACCCACCGACGGCACAGGUGUCGUCCAAUUGGAUCCCUGGCUUGAGCCUUUCAGCGAUGCUUUGCGACACAGGUACAGUCUGGUCGAGAAGUGGAUGAAGACAAUCAAUGAGGAUGAGGGUGGUCUGGACAAGUUCAGCAAGGGCUACGAGAAAUUCGGAUUCAACGUCAAUAGCAAUGGAGAUAUCACAUACCGGGAAUGGGCACCCAAUGCUGUCCAGGCAUCCUUGGUCGGUGAAUUCAACAACUGGGAUGUUACGGCGCAUCCGAUGAUGAAAGACAAAUUCGGCGUCUGGGAGAUCACGAUUCCCUCCAAGGAUGGCGUGCCAGCGAUUCCCCAUGACAGCAAGAUUAAGAUCGCGAUGGAUCUCCCCAGCGGCGAGCGAAUUUACCGGAUACCAGCCUGGAUCAAGCGGGUGGUCCAGGACCUCGAGGUUUCCCCCGUAUACGAGUCCGUCUUCUGGAACCCUCCUCAGGCUGAGCGAUACACAUUCAAGCACCCCCGCCCCAAGAAGCCCGAGAGUCUUCGUAUCUACGAGGCCCAUGUGGGCAUUUCGUCUCCUGAGACCAGGGUCGCAACGUACAAGGAAUUCACUGCGAACAUGCUCCCUCGGAUCAAGUACUUGGGCUACAAUGCGAUCCAACUUAUGGCCAUCAUGGAACAUGCCUACUACGCCAGUUUCGGCUACCAAGUGAACAACUUCUUCGCAGCAAGCAGUCGCUACGGUUCACCUGAGGACCUGAAAGAGCUCAUUGACACUGCACAUAGCAUGGGUCUGACAGUGCUUCUCGAUGUCGUACACAGCCAUGCGUCGAAGAACGUCGACGAUGGCCUGAACAUGUUUGAUGGAACAGACCAUCUCUACUUCCAUGAAGGUGGAAAGGGCCGCCAUGAGCUGUGGGACAGUCGGCUGUUCAACUAUGGGCACCAUGAGGUUCUGCGCUUCCUUUUGAGCAACCUGCGUUUCUGGAUGGAAGAAUACGGAUUUGAUGGCUUCCGUUUCGAUGGAGUCACGAGUAUGCUUUAUACGCACCAUGGAAUUGGGACCGGAUUCUCCGGUGGAUACCACGAGUACUUCGGUCCUUCGGUUGAUGACGAGGGCGUGAUGUACCUGACUCUUGCCAAUGAGAUGCUCCAUCAACUCUAUCCCAACUGUAUCACCGUGGCAGAGGAUGUAUCCGGAAUGCCAGCACUCUGCCUAUCCCAUUCUCUGGGAGGCGUUGGAUUUGACUACCGUCUCGCUAUGGCCAUCCCAGACAUGUAUAUCAAGCUUCUUAAAGAGAAGGCUGACAGCGACUGGGACAUGGGAAAUCUCGCUUUCACCCUCACCAACCGGCGCCACGGUGAGAAGACAAUCGCAUAUGCGGAAAGUCACGAUCAAGCUCUCGUCGGCGACAAGACCCUCAUGAUGUGGCUCUGCGACAAGGAAAUGUACACACACAUGUCUGUCCUCACUGAGCUCACCCCCGUCAUCGAGCGAGGCAUGGCCCUGCACAAGAUGAUCCGACUCGUCACCCACGGCCUGGGAGGAGAGGGCUACCUCAACUUCGAAGGUAACGAAUUCGGGCACCCGGAGUGGCUCGACUUCCCCCGCGCCGGUAACAACAACUCCUUCUGGUACGCACGUCGCCAGCUCAAUCUCACCGAGGACCAUCUCCUGCGCUACAAGUUCCUCAACGAGUUCGACCGCGGCAUGCAAACCACCGAAGAGAAGUACGGCUGGCUGCACUCGCCCCAGGCCUACGUCAGCCUCAAGCACGAAGUCGAUAAGGUCCUCGUCUUCGAGCGCGCCGGCCUGCUCUGGAUCUUCAACUUCCACCCCACAGAGAGCUUCACCGACUACCGCGUCGGCGUCGACAAGGCCGGCACGUAUCGCAUCGUCCUCGAUACCGACGCUCCAGAAUUCGGCGGCUUCGGCCGCAACGUCAAGGAUACCCGCUUCUUCACAACCUAUAUGUCCUGGAACGGCCGUGCCAAUUACCUGCAGGUCUAUCUUCCAACCCGGACGGCGUUGGUACUCGCUCUGGAAGAUACGCUGUAG